GUUCCUCGGUUUUCUGUCGCACAGUGGACAUGUCCAGGUUUACAGUGCUUACUCUGGCCCUGUGUCUGUCCGGCGUGGCUGUUUGCUUCGUCCGGCCGUCUCUCUCCGCCGCAGCCCCGCCGCAGCCCUGCGCAGCUCCGCUACAAUGGGAGGGACGAACGGUGCAGUACGACCACAACACCGGGAGGAAUACGCGGGCGGUGGUCUCGUAUGACGGACAGAACCAGCGUCUGAGGGUGCUGGAGGAGAAGAGGAAACACACACCGUGUAAGAGGUACUUUGAAUACAUCUUCCUGUUCAACAGUGGGGUGCUCUUCCAGAUUGAGCAAGUUACUAAAACCUGUGCUAAGCUUAAUUUAACUGAGGAAUGGGACCCAUAUGACAUCCCGAUGAACUCCACUUAUGAGGAUCAGUACUUCAUUGGGGGACCAGGAGAUAUGAUCGAGGUUCAAGAGUGGUCUGACAGAAAGCCAGCUCGUAAACAUGAGACCUGGGUGGGUGUGUACACCUUGAAAGACUGCUACCCUGUACAGGAGACUUACACUAAGAACAGCAGCAUGACCACAUCCACACGCUUCUUUGACUUGGCGCUGGGCAUUAGCGACCCUGGGGUCUUCGUCCCACCCAGCAGCUGCCUGUCUGCUAUACCUGAACGUAUGGCCUCUGACUGCUGAACCUCUGGUUCCUGCACAACCACCUGUCUGCACUCUGCACAGGCGAAUGAUGGAUGUGGCAAACACGGCUUUCUAGAGGGAAAACUAUAUUGAGCUAAUGUUUAAGAGAAAAAAUGGAGUGUAUACCUAUUUACUGAUGAAGCAUAAUUGUAGCUUUUGCACAAAUAACCAUAUAUGUAUACAGUAAUGAAAAUGAUGGCACGUUUAUAUAGCAGUUCUAAUGUUUUAAGUUUUAUUUAUUUUAUAUAAGGCAUACAAAAUUGUGUGCAUCCACUUUAAACAUAGAAGCACAUUCUGGUCAGCAUUCAAAGCAUGCAAAGCCAGCAGUUCAGGUCGAUACACACUACUUAAAUUUUAUACUGAUCACUACUGUUUUUUUAUUUAUUAUUAUUGGUAAUGGAGUAAUUUGUAACUCAGCUGCUAUCAUUAGAAUUCUAAAUUCUGUCCUGUGUGAUUGCUGGGCAGUGUUGCAAAGCUAUAUAUCCAUGACGCAACAUAAUAAAACCAGUUGCCAGAAAUGA